AUGAAUUUAGGUCGCAACAGCUUAGGACAAACUUUUUCACCAACAAAUAAAUCAUUAAGGCAGAUUUUCAAAGAAACCAAGCUACCUAAAAUCAAACCUUCUGACAAAAAUUGAAAAGAAAUUUAUCACGAAAUUAUUUAUAUAAUACUAAAAACAUAUCCAUAUAAUUUUGUAUUUAUUCUCUAAUAACAAUAUAAAAUAGUAGCUUUUAUUAAAACCUUCACAGUAUAUCAUAUAAGUUUCGCUAAUUCCGUAACCAAACUACUCCAAAAAACUCCUGAGCCAAGACGUACACAAAAUAUGACCGUAAAAUCAUUUCGAACUAUUAAAGGUAUCAGCUCAAAUGCCUACGACAAUAAUGAUAUUUUUCGCGAUUCCCCUAUAAAUUUGAAAAUUAAAGGAAGUCAACUAUGUAACUCGACCAACUCAAUUUUAUCUAAAAAAUUUUUAAUUCGUAAGAAAAUUCAUAACGAGCUGAUGCAGAGAGAAAAGAGAAGUCCUUUAUUAACACCGAUCAAGUCUACUUCUAAGUCUAGGACAUCGAUGCAAAAAGAGACUCUUUUUUCUAUGGUAUCAUCACCAAAGGAAACUAAAUUCAUAAAUAUUGAGUCUUUUUCAGCUAAUAAGUAUGACGAAAAAGGAAAUAUUGAAGUAAUACGUUAA